UACAAGUGGGGGAGAAGGGAGUAACCCGGAGAAAGAGAGGGAAAGGACGAAACGACGCCAUUUAGCUGGAAGGAAAGAUUGUCAAUGCAAAGAAAUGGAACUUGAAGAUGAACAGUCAGAUCUCCACUCACUGAGAAAAUUAUACGGGCUGCUCCAAACUAGUGGAGAUGGGCUGCAGAAUGCCAGUUCUGAAAAUUUGGAUGAGAAAGCACGAGUGCUGCUGAAGAAUCUGCUGGAUUGUGCUACAGAAAGGGUUUUUGAGACUUGUUCAAAGAUUAUAGCAGCUCAAUCAGGUGGAUUAAACAUGCCUCAUUCUAUUCAAUCAGAACAACCCAGGGGCAUCCCAAGGUCAAAACCUCCUGUCUCACCAAACACAUUGAAUAUUUCACAGUGUGCAGUUCUAAACUCCAGCAAAGAUUUGAAUUGCCCUGAGUCUUCCCAAAAGAAGAAGCGGUCACUGACAAAGCCAAUCCCUCAUGAGAUGGUUUUGGAGCAGUCAAAAUUCACCAUUUCUGCAGCUGAACCUGAAAACAGAAAGAAAUUUUGUGGGUCUCACAAUCAAAGCAGCAUGAAGCAACAAAAUUUAGCUAAGAAGAUGCAAAUCUCGAACAGGAAAGCUGUGCCUACAAAAGAUGUUAAUAAUCGAGUUCAGUUUACCCACUUUCAUGGAUCUGAUAGAGAGGCAAAAGGAUUAGAUUUUAAAGAGAAGUCUGCUGAGCCAUUAAGAGGUCAUGACAAGCCAUGGCAGAAAAGAAAUCGUGAAGUUCUUCGAUGUGAUCCAAGGAAUAUUGAAUUGCUGGCAGCUUCAUCAAGGACCCUAGCAUCAGGAGUUGAAUGUAGUCUUGGCACUGAGACUGAGAAAAAACCAGAGGAUGUGGAUUAUAUAUCCAAGGAAGUUGCUGAUACCAUCAAACGAAUUGACUCUUACAUUCGAGUUGUGCAGCCGAUUGAUGAUCCUGUGGACCUAGGUGGGGAAAAAAAUACAGCUCAACUAGGACUGUAUGAAAAGAAGGCCAAUUCAAUUCCUAUUGCAGAUUCAGAUAGCCUAAAAGUAAUAGAGAGAAAGAAGGGGUUGGUUUCAAGGGCUGAGCUGAGUCAGGCUAGCAAGUUAGGUCUAGCUCAAAAUGAUUUACCGAGUCAGCAGGGGAUUCAAAGGCUUAGGAAGCCUAGUGACUCAAGUAUGUUGCAUCUAGUGAUGAAUCCAAGUCAGAAGUCCACUUCAGAAGGAAUUGACUCACUCGAUCUGAACAAAGACAAGCCUAAAUUGCCAGAUUGGGGUGGGAUUCAGACUUUCAAGCCUCUUCAGAAGAGCAAUAGCCAACUCAAUCAGUUAGUGAGUCGAAAGGGUGGGCAAAGCAAGGGUUCUAAUUUGCCAGCCAAUAUGCUGAGCCCAUUUUGGAGUCCCAGCACAGGAAUAACUAACCCACUGAGUCAGAAAAUGAGCCUGGUCCCUGGACAGAAUGCCAAGGCAGUUGUAGAGAAAUUUGAGUUGGUGAAUCAAUUGGUAAGUCAAAAUGAUCCUGUGGCAAGUCCAGUUUCUGAUACUAUUCAGGGCUUCAGGAUUUCUCCAAGUCAUAAAGACAAGAUUGUCAAGGAGGCCCCUUUACCUGUGAAGGUAUUGAAUCAGAUUCAGAAAGAGAAUCGAGACCAGAAUCUAAUGGCUACGAAAGGGACUAUCAGAAAAGGGGUGACAUCAAGAUCAUUAGUGACACCUCAGUCUGUUGGGUCUGCCAAAAAAAUUCAAGCUGCUCGUACUGAUCAGAAUCUGAGUCAGACUGGAACCAGAGAAAUGAUCAGCAAGGAAAAGAAUCUUCCACCUCAGAUGAUUGUGAGGCCAACUCUGCUGGAUCAUUACCCCAGCCAAAGAAGCCUCCUACCUUCAACCUCAUAUACAGAUCAGGGAAGUGGGAAGCAGAAGCAUACUUAUGUUAGCCCACAUGGAAGGAUUAUGCAGCCUCAUCACCAACAAUCUGAGGAAACAACUUCAAGCUCAUGCUCUUCCUCAAGCUGGACAACACAGAAAACGAGCAGUACCUGCAGUGAGAGUAAAGGCAAAGAGCCACUGCCUGGUCAAGCACCAUUGCAGUUGAGGAGGUUAGGACAUGCCACACAUAGGAAUAGAUUGGAGGACUAUUCAGGUGGCAUUUUGCCCCAGUAUGAGCAUCAGGAUUCUUCACGUAGAAUGGCAGGAAUCAAAACCUACAGAUCAGGGUAUCAGGUUAACUCGAAGAAAGCAGUUGGGAGGCUGAGGAGACUCAAAAACAAGCUAGCAAUCAUCUUCCACCACCACCACCACCACCACCACCACCAUCACCAUGAUGAUGAGAGUGAAGAUACUGAAGCAGGCCAUUCCCGGUCCUUGUGGAAGUAUGUACAGAUGAUGUUUCAUCCUACAAGCAAACAAGAGGCAUAUGAAGAAGCAGUGGAGAAAUUCAGAAGAUCAGCUGUCAUCAACGCCCCGCAUAAGCAACAGGGUAGGCAUCAUCUUCAUGCCAUGGUGGAGGGUCUGUUGAGGCACAUUCGGAACUCAAAGAAAUCAAAGGCGGGCAGAGGUGGCAUCAGCCUGGUAGGGAAUGGGCAGCAUGGGAAUAAGAAGAUGGGGAAGAAGUUGCACUGGUGGCAGAAGAUUGGCGGCCAUGGAGGGGUGAAGCUGCCUAAUAGAGGUCGGAUUAAGGUAGCAUUUAGGAGUAAAAAACCACAGCUGAGAGCUGGUAAAACGAAGUAGGCUGGAAUAUGUGGUAUCAACGUAACAUGACUCCA